GAGGUGAAAAUGGAAAGAGGCGGGCUUGGCAGGGCCCACCAAACUUUUCAUGCCCCACCUGGCGGGACAGAACGGGCAUCUGGGGCCAAUAACUGAGCUUGAAAUCGAUGCCCGGAGCUCAAUCUGGCGUAGCGUCUCUGUAUUCUCGGACCCUUGUCGAUCGACGUUGGGAAAGAGCAGGGGAACGACAAGGCUCUAGAUUAGCUGGCGGCUGCUCCAGAGCCUUCCUCCGUUUCUACGCUGAAACUCUACUUAGGUAUCCCACUCCACUUGGAGCUUCUUGGAUCAGUGGCAUCGUCGUCGUCUUUAUAUUUUCUUUGACACCUUCGUCAGCUUUGUCUUUAUAGACACGACACUCGCUUGACAUAUCAAACAAAGAAACAAAACGACAAUUGAUAGCAGGAACCGCUCAUCCCUAUUGAUAUAUUCAACGAGCGAGCAUUCCCCCGAUACUUUCCAUACCCCAGCUACACCUGCGUAAAUUUACGACUCUUCAACUCUACCAGUUUGCAUAUCAUUUCACAUCUACACGACAAUUCCUCCAAAAAGCACUCGAAUAUUGCCAGCAUCUGAAGCUUGGAUCUACUCGUUAACAUCAUCCUACUAAGCAGACCGUUUGUCCGAGUAUCGAGAUUGGACCCUCGUUCAAUAAUUUCGUCCAAAACAACGACCGGGUCCCUUUGACCACCUUCAAACUCUAAUAUGUCGACACCUAUCCAAGAAAAAGAACACCUCUCGUUCCCAGCGUUUGCCCCCAAUGCACCGAAUAACAACCAGAAUAUCCAAAACGACAGAAGGUCUUCAGAUGAAGAUGGAACUCUGCAGGGCCACGAGUACGACGAAUUGGACCGCAACCAUUUGCGAGUAACCACAAGCUAUGUAGACGGACAGGAUUAUAUCGAGAGGGAUACUAGGUCACCAAUGUCCUUAUCACAGCAGAGAGAGCAAUCACGUCGGCUCGACGACGACCUGGAGAUGCUACGAGCAGAACGAGUUGUUUCGAAUGCCGAGAAAGAAAGUGAAGAUGGUCUUGGAAGGUCAAAGUCGAUGGCUAGGUCGAGGUCUCGAACUGCUGCAGAGCCAGUGGACGAUUUCGAUGUUGGUACUACCCCACUACACGAGAAGACCAAGAUAUAUAAGCCUCCUGCGCAUCCUACCACGAAAAUUGCCAAGGUGUUCAAGAAGAUCCAUAACUCGGUCUUUUUGGUCAGAUGGUUCUUCUACAUUACACCAAUUACUCUACUUUUGUUGAUACCAACGCUGUUCGGCAAAUUUCUGUUUCCAGACACUACAGUUGGAGGCGUAGAGCUGUUCUGGUUUGGAAUCUGGCUUGAGAUCGUUUGGUUGACUCUUUGGCUUGGACGGAUUAUUGCAAAAUGUUUACCAUAUCCUAUGGGUCUGAUAUCCAGUCUCUUCACUAAUAAUAGCAAGAAAUGGAGGGAUUUGGGAAAGGCGCUUGAGGUUCCCGCAACACUCUUUUUCUGGGGCCUGGCAAUUGAGAUCUCCUUCCUGCCAACAAUGAAGAAUCACCACGCAGACGGAAAUCAUGGGACCCGUCCUUGGGAAACCACUGUCAACAAGAUCAUUAUCUCUAUAUUCGUUGGACUGACCCUGAACUUCGUGGAGAAGAUCAUCAUCCAACUCAUCGCAAUCAGCUUUCAUCUCCGGACAUAUGCUGAUCGGAUCGAGGUCAACAAGUUUCAAAUCUCGAGCUUGGUCAAGCUGUAUGUCUACUCGAAGGAGAAGAUUGCUAUGGAGGAUUCAGAGUUCGAAAUUAACCAGACAGGUCCUUCUUCUGGCGCAAGAACUCCAAUGCAAUAUGUCAACAAAGCCCAGAAGAAUGCUCGCCAAGCAUUCAACAAAGUUGGUGAUGUUGCAGGGAAGGUAGCUGGAGAUUUCACUGGGCAGGCUGUCAAGACUAGCACCCAUCCUCAUCAAGUUGUCCUUCAACUUCUGAACAGCACCAAUGGCUCUCAGGUCUUGGCUCGCCGACUGUAUCGCACCUUUGCUCAGGAAGAUUCCGAGACAGCACUUGCUGACGAUCUUCGCCCUGCUUUUGAUAACGAUGACGAGGCUACUGCUGCAUUUUCUAUGUUUGACAAGGACCUGAAUGGAGAUAUCUCAAUGGAAGAACUAGAAGCUGUCUGUGUUGAGAUUGGUCGAGAACGAAAGGCCAUCACAGCAUCCCUCAAGGAUCUCGACUCGGUGGUUUCCAAGCUCGACGAUGUUUUCAUGUUUAUCGUGGCCGUCAUCACUAUCCUCGUGUUCAUUUCUUUGAUUUCGACCUCUGCAUCAGGAGUCUUGACAUCGGCUGGUUCAACUCUUCUUGCACUAUCUUGGUUGUUCUCCGCUACCGCGCAAGAAUUCCUUCAAUCAGUUAUCUUCGUCUUCGUCAAGCAUCCUUUUGAUGUCGGAGACCGAGUCACCAUUUAUGGUAACACUGGAUCUGAAAUGAAAGGAGAUGAUUACUUUGUCAAGGAAAUUGCACUUCUCUAUACCGAGUUCAAGAAGAUGGAAGGCCAUGUCGUUCAGGCACCAAACAGUUACCUCAAUACUCUUUUCAUCCUCAACCAGCGUCGCUCCGGAGGUCUCGCAGAAGCCGUCCCUGUUACUGUCAAGUUUGGCACCACUCUCGACCAAAUCGACGCCCUCCGCGAACGUCUGCUCGAAUUCGUCACCUCUGAGAACCGAGAAUACCAGAAGAAUAUCCUCACCGAACUCCGCACAGUCUACGAAUGCCACUCCAUUACUCUCAACGUCGUCUUCUUCUACAAGUCAAAUUGGCAAAACGAGCUUCUCCGUCUUCAGCGCCGCAAUAAGUUUAUCUGCGCAAUGAUGGUCACAAUGGGCGAACUCGGUAUCGAAGGACCCAGAAUGCGUCUUGCAGGAGCAACCCAGAACUUCCCUAUGCAUCUCCACGACGCUUAUCCUCGCGCUGCCCAACCAGCAGACUCUCAAUCUCCAACCGACGGCAGUGUUGGCCCUGGUCCACGGUCCGGCUCUCUGGCCCGUGAUACACCCAUCGACAUCACAGCACCCCAACAAUCCGCUCGAUCCCACCCCUCCAUUCUCCGCAACAGAGGAGAGUCCAUUUCUCGGCAGCGUGGGGAAUCAAUUGGCCAGAUGGGCAAACGCGUGGAUUUUUCGCUCGGCAUGUCAGCUAUCUCUUCUGGUGCGGAUUUCGGCGAUGUUUACGAGGAUCGCAAACCGUUCGUUCCGCCUCCACGUAUAACCACCACAUCUGCCUCGCCUAACCAUGGCAGUGGCCGCUCAGGAAGUCGAGACCACAACCGCGAGAGCGAGGAUAGUAUGGUCCGUACCAGCACCCGCGAUUCUCAGCUCAGUAACCCUACAAGCAACAAGACUCACCGUAAUCGUUUCUUCACCCGGAACAGGAGUAAGCUAGGUACUGCGGAGGAGGGAACAAGACUUGAGGAUCUGGAGGCUGGGACACGAGAGUUUGGAAAGGAGGAUUUACCAGAUAUUCCCGAGACGAGUGCAAGGAACUCGGCGAGUUGGGCGGAGGAGAUGAGGAGGGAGAUGGAGAGGGAGGGGUUAAGGGAUGGUGAGAGAGGUGAAGGAGGGAGGAUUGAUCCUAGGACGGGGAUUGUGUCUCCACAGGCGGUGCAGCGGGAUAGUGCGCUUGAGAGGGGGGAGUUGCCGAUGGUGAUAGCAGGAGCGGGACAGGCACAGCCGAGGAGGGCGAUGACGGAGCAGUUGAAGAAGAGAUGAGGUGAGUGUGUUUGAGGGUGAAGAGUGAUGGGGGAAGAGUUGAGGGUUGAGGGAUUGAAAUGUUAGCGGGAGUUAUACAAGGCGAAUUUGGAUAGGUAUGCAUUGGAAGCGGGAAGGCUGAUUGAUGUAUGAGUUGAAGAUUAGAACGGAACAGAACAGAACAACACAGCAUGACGCGAACAAGUACAAGUUAGAAGAUAGAUUAGAGUGUAUUAGAAUGUAUAAUAUAGACGAUCAUAUUUUGCCAUUUUCCAAUACUGUGCAAUAGAAGUUAUCUCAUUUGAUCAUUGCUCCACACCUACAGCAGACUUUUAACUCCUUCACCACUGUCAACAUCCAGAUGUACUGCAUCACAUCACUUACAUCUUCAGCAACAAAACACCUCUCGCUAAAUUCUCUGUACUUGAAUACUUUCCCAUUCAUUCGAUCAUACUUCUCUCGUCUCGUCUCCUCCUGUUUUCAUUUAUCUUCACAACCCUGCAGUCCCUAUCGAAAAUCAACCCCCAUCUCCCUUCUAACCCAUUCCUCCCACCCGCCUCUCUCCCAAGUCUCCUUUUCGCCUUCCCUCUCCACUCCCCAUUCUCUC